UUACAAUAGAUGGAUAGAAAUGUCACAUGAUCAAUGUGAAUGACUUUUUUCUUUUGAUUGUUUUUUUUAUAAACUUUUAGAUAAAAAUAAGAAAUAAAUUUUAAAUGAAUUAAUAUGUAUUACUAAUUGAACAUGGGGGCCUCUGGGAGUACAUCCGUACUGACUACAACUUUGAAACAUUGCACACUAUUUAAAACAGACCGAAGUCCUGCUUGCCGAGCCGUCAUGAUGGCACUCGAUGCCAUGAACCUGAGCAUCACGGAAGUUGAUGUAAACAUGGAUAAGGGCGAGCAUAGAUAUCCAGAAAUGCUCGUAAUGAAUCCCUUACAAACUCUGCCGAUAUUCAAGGACAGGGAACUGGUGAUUUGCGAUAGUCAUGCAAUAAAUACAUAUCUUGCGUCACGGUAUAACGAAACAGGACGACUGUACCCUAAAGAUGCUGGUGGAAGAGCUCUUAUUGAGCAACUUUUGCACUAUGACAGCGGUGUCGUAUACCCGAAGUAUAGAGCUGCUUCUUAUCCAGUUUUAUAUGACAAAUGUAGCAGUGUGUUGCCCGAACACGCUUGCGAAGUAGAAUGCACCUAUCGUGAAUUGGAAAACAUGCUGGUGGGUCGGCAGUAUCUCGGAGGCUGCUGGGUCACGCUUGGAGACAUAUCUGUAGCAGCUACCGUUAGCACGCUGAACAUUUUGGUGCCAAUUGACAAGUUAAAUUAUCCGCGUUUAUCAAGCUGGCUGCAUCGGAUGUCUGAGGAGAUAUUCUACAUAACAGCGAACAAGAAGGGACUUGGAGAAUUCACGAGAAGAAUAGAUUCGAGCAGUGUUUGUGACGAUGUAUUCAAAUGUCCUCGGAGUUCGGAGGGAAGACGUGCCAGAACGGGAACCCCUGAGACCGAGUUUCAGUGAUAUUGUUUUCAGUUUCAGUGAUAUAAAUGGAAAUAUAAAUAUUUACCUUCA